AUGAGUCAAACAAAUGGAACCGUCACCAUCAAUGACGUCACAAGAAAGGCCCUUUUCGUCGUGGAAUCCGUAACCCUGGUCGACAACGAGGCCGCAAUGAACGCCACCACCGCGCACGACGUGUUGCCUAGCAACGCCGAGACUCUGGAGCUGACACGAUUUGUGAUUCAGAAGGUGAUGGUCCCGAUCGUGGUGUGUCUGGGCGUCGUGGGUAACGUCACCAACAUGGCGAUUCUGACUCGACGCUGCAUGAAGUCGUCCAUGAACUCCUACAUGACAGCCCUGGCGGCCGUCGACAUCCUGUACUUGGUGUUUAGCCUCACCCUCAGCUUCGUCCACUAUCAGUCGUUUAGCGAGAACCAGGUGUACAUGCACUGGUUCCUAUACGGCCGCGUCUUCACCGACAUGUCCGCCAACGUGUCCGUCCUUUUGACCGUCACCUUCACCGUGGAGCGCUACAUCGGCGUCUGCCUGCCGCUCAAAGGGAGGAUACUCUGCACGGUGAAGCGAGCCAAGGUGGUCAUAGCCAUCGUCACGGCUGCCGCCAUAACGUGCACCGUCCCGGAGAUGUUCGAGAUGACGAUUGCGGAAAAGACGACAGACAUCUCGCCCUUUCUGGUGGCCGAGUACACGGAAUUCGCCAUGACGUACGGAUAUAAGAUGGGAUACUAUUGGUUCUUCGUCAGUGUUUUUACCUUCAUCCCGCUCAUUCUUCUCUGUAUUUUCAACGGCUUUCUCAUCCAGUCAGUGUUCAAGGCGGUGCAGAUACGACGUCAAAUGACCGUGACCUUGUUGUCAAAAAAUUCCAGCUGCUGCAAUCCUUAUUCGGGGGAGCAGCAGAAGAUCACUAAAAUACUAAUCACAGUGGUCCUCGUGUUUCUUCUAUGUCAGAUUCCAGGAGCGGUUCUUCUCCUGUACAGUAGUUACAUAGAACUAGCAGACGUCAAGCUCUCCCCAGAGAGGAGGAACGAUUUGAAAAUCGCGGGAAACUGCACGAACCUGCUCGUGCAGAUCAACGCGUCAGUGAACUUCCUGUUGUACUCCGUGCUCAACACGAAGUUCCGGAAGUUGUUCUGUCACAUGCUUUGUAAGACCGCCAUACCUAGGAGGGUGUCCGAGUACACUGCCGUCUACGUACCCGGAUUCGAGAAUCUGCUGUCCAUCAAACUUCAGCGCCGCCAUUUUGACGUCCACAACAGUGUCUGA